CAGCACUGACGUUGGACUGUAGUACUCUGAUGAGUAAAUGCGCCGCCGAAUAAAGGCUACUCGAUCAAUUCCAAUCGUCAUUCAGCUCUGGUACGGUGCAGUGCGAAGAAAGCAGAGAGGUCUGAAAGCGCCGAGGCGAGGUGCGACACUACGAUGAAGCCAAACCCAGUGCUGCCACAACUGGAGCCGGUGAAAGGUGACCAGCGGGUAUUGGUCGCUGGGACGACGAACGCAGCGCCAUCAAGCACACCGGCACCGAUGGAAUCCCAAAAUCCCCGGCUUCUGUCGUCACUGUACAGCUUUCUGGUGAUCGUGAGCAUUUUUCUGAUCGGGUUCGCUGCGUUCCGGAACACGCUGACAUGGCAUUUGCAGCGGUUCUGGGGAGCUUCGGGUGACUUUUGGCAAUCGCAGUGGGAUCGCUUCAUCGACUUCACCGGGGACGAUCCAGCCCGGCUGUGGGUCCUGGCCACCACGCUGUUUACCAUGUGCGUGUACUGGUUCUUCGGGGGCAUCUACACGCUGUUCGACGUGACGGGCUGGCCGGCCGUGAUCCACCGUUACAAGAUGCAGCCGGGCACGAACGAGCCGGUCGACUCGCGCCGGCUGCUGCGGGUGAUUGGGACCGUGCUGAUGAACCAGAUCGUCGUCGGUGUGCCGAUGGCGUACUGCAUGUACCGGGCGAUGUGCUUCCGCGGGUUGCGCGACCUGCGCGAGCUGCCCACCUUCCACUGGGUGCUGGCCGAGCUGUCGUUCUGUAUCUUGAUCGAGGAAAUCGGUUUCUACUACGCCCACCGGCUGCUGCACAGUCACCACCUGUACCGCUACAUCCACAAACGCCACCACGAGUGGACGGCCCCGAUCGCGAUCACCGCCAUCUACUGUCACCCGGUGGAGCACGUGUUCAGCAAUCUCGUGCCCCCGUUCAUCGGGAUCUUUCUGCUCGGCAGCCACGUGGCGGUUGCCUGGCUCUGGUUCACCCUCGUCAUCCUGUCGACGCUGAACGCCCACUCCGGCUAUCACCUCCCGUUCUUCCCCAGCCCGGAAGCGCACGAUUUUCACCAUCUGAAGUUUAACCAGUGCUACGGUGUGCUCGGUGUGCUCGACCGAAUACACGGCACGGAUGCGCUGUUCCGGGGCACCAAGGCGUACGCGCGGCACAUCAUGAUGCUCAGCUUCAUACCGGCGCGUGAAGCGUUCCCUGAGUCGACCAAGAAAGCGUUCUGAACCAGAACGACCGAAGACAAACCACAGGUUUCGCUAACCGCGCCUACCAGCAGUCCGGAGUUUGGUGGACCCAUCGCAGAUGAUGCACAAUGAGCGACGGGGCGAGACGGGCAGACGACGGCGGGAGGCGGCACAGUACUGGUAGGCAAGGCGAAAAGCCUCCCACCUCCCAACAGCACCAGUAUUACACAGAACGGAGCACUAAGAACGCGGCUAGAUGUGUUUGGCAGAGGCUAGCAAGGUUACGGCCAGCGGAUAGGUAGGCCCAAGGCGAAGUGUAGAAUGGGCGCUGGUGAAUAUUAGCUCCACAAUGCGGGUAGCUAAUAUUCACCAGCGCGACAUCUUGUGCGGCAAAAGGAUACACGCUCUAGCAUGUUCAAACCGUGGAUUUUUAGUCCCACUUGUACUUUACACGCUCCGUCGACCGAACCAGCCGCAAGCAAAGCUUGGGCUUGGGCUCACGUGUCACGCUGGACCGCUCCUUUCCUCAGGACCCAUUGACUCUUCUACAAAAACAACGAGCUCGAGCACAAUAUAAUUUUACAUUGAAGCAGGUACUUUUUCUACAGUAUACGCGGAAUACAUGCGUGGCACAUGCUUUGUAUGUUAAAAAAUAAGAGACCGUUUUGAGCGUGUGCUUCAAAAAGUGCGCUCGAUAUUUGUGAUUGUUGCAUUUCUGUUCUGGCCCCCACCACCCCCAAAACCCCAGCCUCGCGACCCCAACGCCCACCAAUCCCUCGAAGAAGGUUACAGUAUAAUUAACGAUAUGUACGAAAUAGAAAACCACAAAUCAUUGCAAUUGCAUCACUUUGGCAAAACAGUUUCUCAGUUUUAAUACCCAGACCCUAGAGAGAGUCCGAAAUAUAGUAAAAACACAAACAAUCUUCACCGUUUCGUAUACACAAUUGUUUUCAUAUCAAUCGGAAGAUAAAUAUAUAUAUAUUGUGUAUAUAUAUAUUUAGACUGAUUUUUGCUGUUUCUCUUCGAGCGAUGCGACGUGUGAGCUUUGUGUUGUUAUGUUAGUUUAGUGCUACGAGCAACCACCGAUAAACGGCUGUCUCGGGCUGCUUGGCGCCGCGUAAUGACUCGUAAUGUAUGCGCGAUCACACUCAAUAUCCAUUGAAUUAUCAGUUUGAUUAUUUCCUAUUCUAACCGAAAAGUUUGACUUGCUGCGUGUGCUUUUAUUCGUGCAGUGCAGUUUGUUCAUCCGUUUCAGUAGCGUAAAAACAUGGCUCGCAUGUUUCUGUUUGUUGUGUGUGUCAUUAAAACAUAAUAGA